GCAAAGAGAUAAAUAAGAAUGGAGAUUGAGUCCCUCAGAGUGAGUGUUGAUGAGAAGGUUCUGAAAGAUGAAGAGAAAAAUGAGAAAGAAGAAAUGAAGAUGAAGAUGAAGAUGAAGAGAAAGCUUGGUGGUGUCAAGACAAUGCCUUUCAUUCUUGGAAAUGAAGUGUGCGAUAGAUUUGCAAGCUCAGGGUUUCAUUCCAACAUUAUAACAUAUUUGACACAAGAUCUUAACAUGCCUCUUGUUCCUGCCUCCAACAUUCUCACCAACUUUGCUGCAACUUCUAGCUUCACUUCCCUUAUCGGCGCUCUCAUUGCCGAUUCCUUUGCUGGUCGCUUCUGGACCAUCACCAUCGCCUCCAUCAUCUAUGAGCUCGGAAUGGUUACCAUCACCAUUUCAGCUAUACUCCCAUCGCUCCACCCGCCACCUUGCCCCACCCAAAUCAAUUGCACGCAAGCAUCCGGCACGCAACUAAUGAUCCUUUAUCUCGCCCUACUCCUCACAUCUCUUGGCGCAGGCGGUAUUCGACCCUGUGUUGUUGCAUUUGCCGCCGACCAAUUCGACAUGACGAAGGUCGGUAUUGCAGGGCGAACGUGGAACUUCUUCAAUUGGUACUAUUUUUGCAUGGGAAUGGCGACUCUCACAGCCCUGACCGUGGUGGUGUAUAUUCAAGACAACGUGGGGUGGGGGUGGGGGUUCGGCCUUCCGACCAUAGCCAUGGCCUUGUCUGUUGUGGCAUUUGUUGUGGGCUCGCCACUUUACAACAAACUCAAGCCAAGUGGGAGCCCUUUGGUUCGAUUGGCUCAGGUUGUGGUUGCGGCCUUCAAGAACCGAAAGGCUGUUUUGCCUGAUGACUCUAAGCUUUUGUAUAGGAACCAUGAGCUUGAUGCUGCCAUUGCUAUUCAAGGAAGGCUUGUCCACACUGAUCAGUUCAAGUGGUUGGACAAGGCUGCAGUCAUAACAAGUCCGGAUUCAACAGCCAAUCCACCGAAUCUGUGGCGGCUGGCCACCGUGCACAGAGUCGAAGAGCUAAAAUCCAUCAUUAGAAUGCUUCCAAUAUGGGCGGCCGGAAUCCUCCUAGUGACAGCCUCAUCUCAUCAACACAGCUUCACAAUCCAACAAGCUAGAACAAUGAACCGUCAUCUAACACCCACCUUCCAAAUUCCACCCGCCACCCUCUCCAUCUUCGGCAUCCUAUCGAUGCUCACCGGCCUCGUUCUCUACGACCGUCUCCUCGUCCCCUUCGCCAAAAAGCUCACCCACAACCCCUCGGGCAUCACUUGCCUCCAACGAAUGGGUGUAGGUUUCGCCAUCAACAUCCUCGCCACCCUAGUCUCAUCCAUUGUUGAAAUCAAACGAAAAAAAGUCGCUGCAAACCAUGGUUUGCUCGACAAUCCAACCGCAACAAUUCCAUUUAGCGUGUUUUGGUUGGUACCACAGUUUUGGCUUCAUGGGAUCGCGGAGGUGUUCAUGUCGGUUGGGCAUUUGGAGUUCAUGUACGACCAGUCGCCGGAGAGCUUGAGGAGUACAGCAACGGCGUUGUAUUGGCUCGCAAUAUCGGUGGGAAAUUAUAUAGGGACAUUGAUGGUUUAUCUUGUGCAUAAGUAUACUGGGGAAGAGCAUAAUUGGUUGCCUGAUAGGAAUUUGAAUAGAGGAAGAUUGGAGUAUUAUUAUUGGUUAGUGAGUGGGAUUCAAGUUAUGAAUCUUGUGUAUUAUGUGAUUUGUGCUUGGUUUUAUACUUAUAAGCCUUUGGAAGAGGAGAAGAUUAACAUAGAGAACAAAGAUGGUGAUCAAGAGUGGGAGAGGUGUGAAGACACAAUUAAGAUAGCUUAAUUUAAUUUUAAGUACUAUUUGUAAUUUUCAGUAAUUAGGGGGUCAAGUACUUGUUUGGAAAAGAUAUAGGGUUUUGAAAUAUG